CUACUUCAAUCUUUCUCAUUCCAUUAAUCGGUACCGGUAGUCUUCUGGGGAUAAAGCUUUUUGAAAGCGAUAUGGCUGGUUCACAGUGCUGCGAAAAUCCGCCGGCUUUGAGCUCCUCUUCCGGCGAUGGCAAUGUGCUGGACAGCUUCGGAGGCCUCAAGACCUACAUAGCCGGUUCCUCUGAUUCUAAGGCUGCGGUCCUUCUAAUCUCAGAUGUUUUUGGAUAUGAAGCCCCGAACUUGCGGAAGCUUGCGGAUAAAACUGCAGCUGCUGGAUUCUUUGUGGUGGUACCUGAUUUUUUUUAUGGGGAUCCAUAUCUUCCAGAAAAGUUACCUAUAACAACCUGGAUAGGAAGUCAUGGCACGGACAAAGGGUUUGAGGACGCUAAGCCUGUAAUUGCAGCUUUGAAAAGCAAAGGUUUCUCUGCAGUUGGGGCUGCUGGAUUUUGCUGGGGAGCUAAGGUAGUUGCAGAACUAGCCAAGGCCGAUGAGAUUAAAGCUGCAGUGAUGCUACAUCCAUCAUUAGUUACGGUAGAUGAUACCAAAGCUAUUAAAGUUCCUCUUGCUGUGCUUGGGGCUGAGCUAGACAAGAUUUCACCACCAGAGCUACUGAAGCAAUUUGAAGAGGUUUUGUCCUCCAAUUCUGAGGUUGAUAGCUAUGUGAAGAUCUUUCCCGGAGUUGUACAUGGAUGGACUGUGCGCUAUGAUGUAGAUGAUGAAGCAGCUGUGCAGAACGCUGAAGAAGCUCAUAAAGACAUGAUUGAUUGGUUUACUAAGCAUCUUAAAUAAAAAGCCCUUUGACUGAAAUAGAUCGAGAGACAUCUAUGUAAUAAUAUAUACUUAUGUAACAUUGUUGUGAACUUGGUCUAUAUCAUUCGUAGAAUAUUAUGCUACAUAUUAAUAUUUCAUAUUUGGACCCUUCAACAAGUUUGAGAUACUGCAUUAGCUAAA